GUUCAGACCCACCUGGAGAACCCCACCCGGUACCACCUGCGGGCGGCGCAGCGGCAGCAACUGAGGCAGUACCUGAGCCACGCCCGGGGCCGGGGAGGGGGGGGCAGCCCCCCGGGACCCCCCCCCGCACCCCCAGAGCCCCCCCAGAGCCCCCCCCCGGCACUGCUGCACCACGAGAAGGAGAUCGAUGACGUCAUCGAUGAGAUCAUCAGCCUGGAGUCCAGCUACGAUGACCUCCUCAGCUUCGGCCCCGCCGAGGGGCCCCUCCCCCUGCCCAGCACGCUCCCGGCCCCAGGACCCCUCCUGGAGGUGUUCAGCCCCCCCCAGGGCGGGAGCAGYUCCUGCCCGGCCGAGCUGCCCCGGGUCAAGGCCGAGCUCUCGGAAUGUGGCAGGAUCGGGGAUGAUCCCGGCGCGGGUCCUGGCAGGGAAAUGCGCUGGAACAAAGGCACGAUCCUGAAAGCGUCGGUGGAUUACAUCCGGAAGCUGCAGAAGGAGACGCAGCGAUCGCGGGAGCUGGAGCUGCACCAGCAGCGCCUGGAGCAGGCGAACCGCAGCCUCCAACUGCGGGUGCAGGUCCGGGGACACGGGAACGGGGAGGGAACGGGACCGGGAGUGCGGGAGAGGGGACAGGAAUGGAGCCGGGAGUGCGGGAAAUGGGACCGGGAAUGGAGCCGGGAGUGCGGGAACGGGGCCGGGC